CACGCCUCCACUCUCGACUCCACGUUCUUCCCCAUCUCCCAGAAUAUCCGAUCCUCGUACCCCUUCCCCGCGCAUUCCGUCUCCGUUUGGCAUGAGCACCUCCAUUCCACGAAUCGGCUCUCCUUUUCCACAGGAUUCUCCAUUGUCUUCUCGCCCUCCACCGCGUACGCAGGACUCUGAUGGAUCCGACGUGUUGUUACCAUAUGACCGAGAAGGCUCUCCAGAAUUCGAGAAACCUCCAGCCCCGGCUCCAACUUCAACUCUGCUUCCCCCUCCACGGAAAGACUCUAUCACUUUCCCGAGCAAUAGGAAUAGGCGUUCUGACACAACUGGAUCUUCCUCAUCGUAUACGUCUCCAUCCCACCCAGAUGAUGACCGUACUUCAGUUAGCAGCUCUUCAGGGCCUCAGAAAAUAAACCGUGAUACAAUUGUCACAAGCUCAAUUUAUUCAACCGCCUCUAACGAUACACGUACGCCACGGUACUCAAAGUCGAUGGGCGCACUGAAUCGAAGCGCCCCUCGGCAGUUGAUGGAUACGCUAACCGAAGAAGAUGUGUCGCCGACGACGUCUCGCGUGGUUGAUCCGUCCAGCGUUCCCAUUGCCGAGUCUGCGAAACCUCCCUCAAGCACUGAACCAUUAAAGAUCCCUUCUCGUUCUAUGACAACCCCUGCCCGAACAAAUGCCCCAACGACACGACGCAAGCGGACUGUAAGGGCGUGCAUACGGUGCCAGAAGAAGAUCGAGGAUGGACGGUGGGUGGCUGUGGAUCAAGGAGAUGGCGGUGUUCUGUGUGAGAAGGACUGGAAGGAUAUGUAUCUUCCCAAGUGCCGGAGGUGUGGGCUUACCAUCGAGAGUCACGCCGUGAGCUCUGCGGAUGGGCAGUUGAAAGGGAAAUAUCACCGUCAUUGCUUCAACUGCUCCACCUGUCAGAAACCCUUUCCUGAUCGUUCCUUCUACGUCUUUGGGGGUCAACCUUUCUGCGAUUAUCACUAUCACCAAGCCAACAACUCACUUUGUUGCAACUCAACAUGCGGAAAGCCCAUCGAGGGUCCGUGUGCAGAAGACCACGAAGGGCGUAGAUACCACCCCAAUCAUCUUGUGUGCUCCGAAGCUGGAUGCGAGGAACGGUUGGAGGACUACUACGAUGUGGAAGGAUUUAAAUAUUGCGAGAAGCACUACUUUGAAAGUCAUCGUGAUGGAGUACAGACGGAUGAUAUUCAUGUCGAAAGUAGGUCUUCCUCUCCUCAGGGCCCAGGGAGAGUUAGUGUACCUGGGACCCCAAAGAAAGAUGAGUCUCCGUCCAUGUUAAGCACUCCGAGAGGGACUCCAGACUCGCGUGCAACGAAGCGGAGAACUCGAUUGAUUGCCUUGGACCCGGCAAGGAGGAUUUAGGCUUUUUCAGGCUCACUCGACGCCCAGUUUCAGAUGCGUUCUGGGUAUGGCGAAGUCGAGGCUGGAGAGUCGUCGCGCUUGUCGCGCUCCUGUUACUUUGUUAAUCUACCUUAUCAUCUCUAUCAUACGUGGUAUAAGACCCGCCCCAUCUUUUUUGCUCUAUGCUUAUCAUUUGUUCGUUGGGAUUGUGUUGGACGGUCUUUCCCUUAAAUUAUUUCACCUCAUUUUAUUCCACUGCUUAUCCUCGCCAGUACCCAACCAUUCGGACUAUUGCAAUACCCACUUAUCGUCAUUCCUUACUUUACCCCCGUCGAUCUCAGCUCAAUGUCAGUACCGCAAUGCUUCAUGCGUCUCUCUUGAUUUCAAUGGCACGCCGGCUAAACGCACUCUACUUCCCAAUAUUCUCGGCUUGGCACUACACAAUGUAAA